CUCCGUAGUAUGGGGGCUGAUUACGAAUGGCCCUGGCAGUACGAAUUUCCGCCAUUCUUCACAAUCCAGCCUAUCCCUAAGACUAAAGAACAGCAGCUAAUGUCUUGGAGGAACCUUAUCUGUGAUUAUCAUAAGACCAGCAGGAUAUGGGAAGUAGACACAACGAGUGCAGUAUUUAACAACAAGAAGAUCAGCAGGCAGCUCUCACCUGCAGCUAUCAGAGUAGUUUUCCAGAAUCUAUGUGAUGAGGGCCAGGGCGUGAUGAACGGGGACCGGUGUUUCGUGUUAUGGAACUCAGUGUCCCAAUGGGCCAGCCUAAUUCAUAACUGGGCCACCGACAGGGGGCUGACUAACACUGUCCUUACAUUGUUUGAAAUACAUGGAGGAGAUGAUACAGAAAGCGAACCAUUCCAUUCUAUGGAUAUUUGGUUGUUGCACCAUGUGAUAAGCUACUUAGAAAAAGAAGGCAAGGCGGAGGUUAUGCUGGGAGACAGUGAAGAUUACUCGGACGCGGGGGUUAAAUUCUUCUAGGAAUGUUUAGAGAAAAGUCUGGAGGUGGAGCUCGUUGAGACAGUGCAGUA